AUGACACGUCUUUUGGGAAUUGAAUUGGCACCGUUGAAUGUCUCGCUGGAGCGUCGUCUACAGACACUAGCGAUGUGUUAUCAUGUGUCGAUGGCUUUCAUCAUUCCAUUUUUGGUCGUGAUUAUGCCCAUUUAUUUGUUGUUCACCUGCUUGUGGCCAAUAGUUGUGUUGUAUGCAGUAUGGGUUUACUACGAUCGCGAGUCACCUCGGCGUGGAGGAUACCCAUCAAAAUGGUGGCGAACACAACGCAUUCACAAUUAUAUGGCCAAUUAUUUCCCUAUCAAACUGCAUAAAACUGCUGAUUUUCCAUUGGGUCAUAAUUACUUGAUUGGUGCACAUCCGCACGGAAUAAUCGCCAUAGGAACGUACGUCAACUUCACUACGAAUGCGAAUGGCAUUUUCGAGAUGUUUCCUUCAAUGCAAAUACGACUGUGCACCUUAACGGCGCAAUUCUACACACCGUUGAGGAGAGAGUUCGGAAUGUUGAGUGGUUUGGUGGACUGUAGCAAGGACAGUUUGCAGUAUCUACUCGAUAUCGACCGAACGAAGAACAAUAUCGUCGGUUUAGUUGUUGGAGGAGCUGAAGAGGCGCUGGAUGCACAUCCGGGCAAGCACAUUCUAACACUGAAGUCACGCAAGGGUUUCGUUCGAAUAGCACUCAAGACUGGUGCGCAUUUGGUACCGAUGUAUUCGUUCGGUGAGAAUGAACUCUUCGAUCAGGUGAGCAAUCCGGUUGGCUCGAAAACACGUCUAAUACAACAACGCAUCAAACGAGUGCUCGGAUUCUCGACACCAAUAGCUCAUGGUCGUGGUAUCUUCAAUUAUAACUUUGGUAUUUGGCCAUACAGACAUCCGAUCAACUCGGUUAUUGGAGCACCGAUUGCGGUGCAGAAGACACCGGAUCCAACCGAUGAGCAGGUGGAUGUCCUGCACAAAAAAUACAUCACAGCACUUAUUGAUCUAUUUGAGGAACACAAAGCUAAAUAUGGUGUACCCAAAGAAACGCAACUGAUUAUUCACUGA